AUGGCGAACCCCACUCAGCCGUACCGACGGCAGCAGCAGACACCAUCACCCACCCAACGUCAAACACCGCAAUAUAUCCCACCCACGCCAGACCCGCCCUCCCCGGAUUUGACGCGGCAUCAAUCAACGCCCCUCAUCCCGUUAACUCAUCCGCCGUCACCACAGACCCAUAAACGCCAUGCUUUCACUACCCAGGCAUCCCAACAUCCCCCACAGCAGCGCGAUCGAGGCCAUCGGCAAUCUUCGGCCGUGAAUCAGGAUAAGAGAACAAAUAUCCCCCAUGGCCCUUCGCAAACAGUAGCUUUACCUCCCACACCGCCAUCACCCGAUAUACCCUCGCGACCAAGCUUUGCCACGUCUACCUCUACCUCUUCCUCUACCUCUAGGCAUCCACAGAUUGAGGGUUCUUCCGAGGGCUCCGAGAGUACCAUCAAAGCUAGAAAAGAAGAACGAGAUGUUGAACAACGCAGGCCUCGGCGGCAAAGGUCGAGACCAAAGGAGCUAGAAGUGGAGGACAAGGAGGUUAUCGACGACUCGGAACUGCUGGGUGCUGUUCUGGACGGUAUCGGACGUAUGAUGGUCGGCACCGUUGCCAUGCGCAUGGAUGAUGCAGGCCGGUGGAGAAUCCGCCGUGGCCCAGGGGAUGAGAGUGCUUAG